AUGACAUAUAAGACCGAAGCAGACAACUGGAAGGCAUGGUUAAUUGCAUUUAAGGUUAAUACUUCGAACUUAGAUGAUGAUUCACUUUGUACAAACUUUGAAGCAAGUUUUACUAGUUUUCUUCAAAGUUUGAAGGAUGAGCGGGUAGAUGAUGAAACAAGGCUGCUACUUACCGACGCUAUUGGAAUUUGGUUACUUAGAAGUCAUCAAUUGAUAAAUUCAGGGCGCUUACCAGGAUACAAAGAGAUUGUGAAGAACAAGUUAUUGAAUAUCGAUGAGGCUACAUAUUUGUUUCGUUAUGUUAUUGAUUUUUGGUCCGGUGGCGGUGCAGCAUUGGCAAAUUCGUUAAGACAUAUGUUUAUGAAGUUGAUGCAACUGUUGGAAGAUGUAUACGGAGAUGAUGUUGUGAUAGUUUUUGAAGGAUGGGUAAGGCAAACCCUUACGAUAAGCCCAUCUAUGAAGUUUUUGUAUUAUCUUUUAGAGGUUUUUGCCGCCAGGAUGGACUUGAAAAUUGUAUUGGAAGAAAAGCCUGCUUUUAUAGAGACUUCCCUCAGUUAUAUGUGGUCUGAGUCACUGUGUAGUCCUGUGGGUAAGUGCAUCACAUGUCUGUUAGUUAACUUGUACAACCGGCACUACACUGUGGACAAGGUGGACAAAUGGUUGGAGUUAUGGGAGAAAUCGGUAAUGAAGUAUUUGAAAGAUGGUAAAUCAACAAAAAAGGUGCAAUUAUACGUAUUGAAAACGUUGUUUGAAAGCACUCCUGCUGUUGCGUUCAAUAGAUUUAUCAUACGCAAUACGAAGAAUGAACCUGUCGGGAUCUUACUACCUCUGCUGCAAAUUGGCCAGAAAUUGGGUAUUGAAGACGAACCAUUCGAUGAAGAUAAAUUAGUUCCCUUGAAUACGCUGGAAGAAUUACUAUCUGUGGAUAAAUAUAAGUUGACAGCAUUUGAAAUUUUAACAUUUUCUGCCAAGCGGUCUAAACCAAUUAAACCAUACGUUUACGACAUUGUAAAAAGGAACCUUGUCUUAUUUUUUGUUGAUUAUGAUAUCGAGACGAGGAACUACUUUCAUAGCUCUUUCAAACAUUUCAUAAGUCGUAUUAGAGAUUCAACAUACUCUCUUAACCGUGACGCAUUGAAACUAAAGGCAAAGAAUAAGUUUCCCGAUGAGCAGCAAGAAAAGUUAGAGCAAGUAGAACUUGCCAAGGCAUUUAUAGAAUAUUUCCUGAGCUAUUUAAUGUUUCAGAUAGCUCCUGGUACGCAAUAUCAGCGAAAUUCAUUGGCAUGCAAAUUUAUAAAAACUCUGAUCCUUUCAGGUGUUGAUGAUACAAUUCCUCCUGAAUUUUUAGAUUCGAGAAAAAACAUGGAAUACCCUUUCCAUAUUAAAGUAUUCAAUCGAUGUAUGGUACGUCUAUUAUGUGAUAAUCUGAGCAAUGAUUAUAUAGAUGUCAGAGAGAUGUCAUUAGAUCUGCUAGUGAUUGCGCUAAAAGCUAGCAACUCCGAAGAGCACCUUCAAAUGCUCCAGUCUGCGGAUUUGAAAAGGAAAGCAUAUCAACUUUUAAACUUUUACAAAGGAAGUGAUGGGGGGUCAAAGAUUUUGGAGCUACAAUGUUUGAUUUCCAAGGAUAAAACAUUAUUUAUUGAGGAGCAAUUGAAGCAGCUUGAUGAAUUUUUGACUGCUAUCGAAUCUGAUCUCAUUCGCGGUAUAGAAAAUCCAAUCGCAGGUUUGUUUACUACAUUGGAUUUGUUAUUUAGCAGAUAUGAGUUCAAUGAUGGUUCAGAAGUGUUGCUAAAUUCAUGUAUUGACCUUGUGAUAAGAAAUUGGAAUAGUGUCAGAGAUAUUUUAAGUCAUGAUUCUCCGGAAGGAAAUUUGCCGGUGAGAUACUCGAAUGCAGAUAUUUCUGAUCAAAUCAUUACUAGCUAUGCUUUUAGGUCUAUUAAGGAAUCAAGCUCACUGCUGAGCACAUUGUUCCAACGCGCUCCAAUCUCAAAAACACAGUUAAUCCGAUCUGGAGAGCUGAUAAUAACCCAGUUAUCUGUUAUUCGUCACAGCGGUGCUUUUCAAUCUAUCAUUCCAUCUUUUGAUUCAUUUUGCAUGCGUUGUAUGACGGAUCUCCCUGAGCAAAUGAAAACUUGGUUAACUGAGAGUAUAAGUUCAUUGCAAACAAAAACCCAGUAUAUCACUAGACGCUCGGGUGGGUUGCCGUUUCUAAUUAGUGCAAUUUUGGCAGCCGAAAAAGAUCCAAAAAGGCCAUUGUUAAAGGAUACUUACAAAGCCCUAAGCGAUAUAGCUAGAAUACCGAUAUUAGAACAUGAAGAAAGGCUAGACUUACCACAGGUGAAUGCAUUCAAUUGUAUUAGGUCAUUGUUUAUUACAUCUAAGCUCUCUGAAGCGUGCACUGCUUAUGUCUAUCCGGCCUUAGAACUUUGUCUCGAAAAGUUUACCUCACCUCUAUGGGCCAUGAGAAACUGCUCAUUUAUGUUAUUCACUGCGUUGCAAAAUAGACUAUUUGGAAAGAUAGGCAAAAAUACUAGUGCAAGACUGUUUUUCACGAGGUUCAAAGGUAUUAGAGAAAUUUUACUCAAAAGACUACAAGAAUCAAUUGAUAUUACCUCUAGACCAACUACUGCUAGGUCUAUCGCAUCAUCGAACAAUUCACUAGCAGCUAGAUCAGAAAUAUCAGAAAUUGAGUCGAUAUUUCUUGUGUUGACCAUUAUAUCUAGGCUAAAACUCACUCCGGGGUAUGAUGGCUUGGAUUCUUUCAAACUUGAAAUUAUAAAAUGUCUUGAAAACAGGAAUUGGAGAAUUAGGGAAAUGGCAUCAAGAGCGUUACCAGCGCUAAUCUCUUUUCCUUAUGAUGAAUCUCUAAAACUAUUAAAAGACAAGAAGUCAACGAUAAAACACCAAAAUAGGCUUCAUGGUCACAUGUUAGCUGCAAAGGAGCUAAUAACUUCUGAAUUAAAAAGGGUUGAUAAUAAACCAAUUCCAGCUGAACUUUGUAAAUUUGUUUUACGAAAUUUCAGACGUUAUAUUGUGAGCAACCAAUGCAGUGUUACUGCAAAAGCAUAUAUUGAAUUGGUCCAAGUAAUUUUAACACAUGGAGGUUCGGCAGUAGAUACUGAAGACAAAUCCAACUUUAUUCGCUUCAUAGGGCAAUAUUUCAUAGAGAGAAAUGAAACGUAUAUUUUGGAUGGAGGACUUCAGCUUCUAAUGGCAAAUAUUAUUAACAUACUGCUACUGCAUGAAUCACCGGACCAUAAGUUGGAUAUAAUUUUGUUAGGUCUUUAUUCCACCUUUUUCGAGGUCCAACUGUCAACCUUGAAAUAUUUACAUCAAAAGUUAAACUCUGCCAAACCGAAGGGUAAAAUACAUCAUGAGUUGAUAGAAAGAAUGGUCUCUAUGUUGAGAGACCAAGAUAUCCUGCCCCAGGUAAAAUCCCUUAUACUGAAUAACUUGGAAAUUUCAGAAACAAAGAUUGAGCCAGACCUGCUGCUGUCAAUACUCGAAGGUAAUCAAAGUGAAGAAAUGCAAACUAAUGCCUUGGCCUUGUUGGGUAUAAGUUCCGUUACGCCUCAGCAAAACUAUAAAAUCUUGAGAUAUAUAAACGAGUUCUCUCGAGAUGAAAUGCCUCAACCUUUUAGGUUAUCAUCUUUACGCUAUUUGAUGAAUUUCGCCAGUCUUACUACCCGUUCUUUAGGCUCAUAUCGCAACUUCUGUUUCAUUUAUAGACACCUUUGGGAUGACGAUGUUAAUAUCAGAACUGCAGCAGCAAAUUUCAUAAACAAGAAUUUUUUGCUGUCAUUUCAAUCUAAAGAUGAAAUAAGUGCAUACACCACAGCAACGAUGUUAAUGAAAGCUGUAGAGAUUGAAUCCAAUAACGAACUCAUAACCGAAUUAGUAAUUGGGGCGAUAAAGGAUUUUAACUUAAAGUUUAAGAUUAGCGAAAUCAAGAGUGCAUCGGUUUACAAUGAUUUGUUUGCAGUUGAAGAUGAUAAUCAAUUUAGGAACGUUAUUGAUUAUGCAUUGUGUACUUUAUCCCCUUUAAAGGGCUUUAGUGACGUGCGGCCUGAGUUUAGGUUGUUUGCAGCAAGAAUAAUUGAAUCAGCACUUAAAGAUCUGGAUACCAAUCCGGUAGAUUCUGUUUUAGGUUGUGGAUCUGAUCCUGUUUUGUUUUCAUCCGUUGUAAUACUUCGUAUGAUUGCUAACUUUAUAUGCCCUUCGAUGUUACCAGUAAUAGAUAAUAAGUUGCGAGAAUAUAGGUUUCAUCCUCUGGCUUUUGAUUAUACUAAACACGUUGAAUUAGGCCCCAAAUUUACAAGCGUUAAUUUCUGGAGCUCUCAUAACAGUGAUAACCUAUAA